AUGAAAGCCAAUGCCUUGCCCAGGAUAAAACGUCGCCUUCUCAGCCUUCCGUCGGCCUUGGUGCUACUCUGGAUAUGUGUUCUCUUCUGGGGUGAACGCUACACCUUCCAACAGAGUGUCGCUCGGUGUGUAUGGCGACAGUGGGAAUCAUGGCCUGGCCAUGCUCGACCUCAUCAUGUCCUCCUUGUCGCCGAUCCCCAGCUCGUGGAUCCUCACACCUACCCUGACAGACCAUGGCCUUUAUCCAGUUUAACCGUCAUCUACACCGAUCGCUACCUCCGCCGCUCUUAUCGAUAUCUGCAAGAGUAUCUCCUGCCUGACGCGACCCUAUUCCUCGGUGACUUGUUCGAUGGCGGCCGGGAAUGGGGCACUACAGACUCGACGUCUCCCGAGGAGCGGUACAAGAGGUUCGGGUCGCAAUUCUGGCUGAAAGAAUACAUUCGCUUCUCCAACCUCUUCUUGAGGUCGUGGACGAAAGGCCCUUCUGCAAGCGCAGCUGAACCGACAGGUCGUCGUCUUCUGGCCUCUCUCCCGGGUAACCAUGAUUUGGGGUUUGCGGCAGGCAUACAGUUGCCUGUAAAGGAGAGGUUCGAUGUCUACUUUGGCCCCCUCAAUCGAAUCGAUAUCAUCGGCAAUCACUCAUUUGUUCAUUUGGACACAGUGUCUUUGAGUGCCAUGGAUCAGGUCGAUCCAGUAACGGGGAGUUCGGGAGCAGGGGAUGGGAGUGCCGCUGCGACUUCCUCUAGCAGGAUAUGGAAACCUGUUGAGGAGUUCCUCGUGGCAGCCAAAUCCAACAGGGCCAAGGCCGUGCAACAUACAUGCGAGACCAGACUCAACUGGAAACGUCCACUGCCGCAAUUGCUGUCUCCGUCGAUACAAAACGCUGCUGACGUCGAACAAUCAGACGCAACACAGAGAACUCACUACCCAGUCAGCUCGUCUCAGUUCCCGACAAUUGUACUCUCGCACGUCCCCCUUUACCGAUCCAGUGAGACCAAUUGUGGACCGAUGCGAGAACGAGGCAAUGUGAUACCUCUGCAAGCAGGCUACCAGUAUCAAAAUGUUCUCACCCCACUCAUCUCACAAGAUAUAGUCAAGCACUUGACUGCAGAGGAGAUCACGAUGAUUUACUCCGGCGAUGAUCAUGACUAUUGCGAAAUCGAGCACAACGAGUUCACUGGCCGCAUCAGAGAAAUCACUGUCAAAAGUAUGAGUUGGGCUAUGGGCAUCCGCAAACCAGGGGUUCAGCUCGUUAGUCUCUGGAAUCCGGUCGACGUAAACAAGGCGAUGUCUGGCGAUUCAUCGCUGUCCACGCCGCGAGACACGGUACAAAAUCAUCUGUGUCUGCUCCCAGACCAAUUGAACAUCUUCAUCAGCUACGGCCAGGUACUUGGCUUGACCCUCUGCAUCCUCCUCCUAUGUACUCUCCGGUACAAUCCUUUGACAGCAACUGAAGAAGCAUACCGCGACAAAUCCGAACCUUUACUGCCCACCAGUGAAAGCCACAAUCAUCACAUUCACACACUCGACACAUCAAAAAGUUCUUGCGUCCAGAACGGCCCAGCAGGGCAACGACUAUCCACGCGCAAAAUGGGCGGGUACGGACACCUCCCUGCUUCAUCGCGGACCUCCUCGCCGUCCAAGCCACCCUACAUCGCCUACGCCCCAGACAGUUCUCCUAGCCCAGGCGAACUAGACAGUGACGACUGGGGGAUGCCGAAAUCGACCAAAGCACAUCAGUGGGGAAGGAACCGACCGCCGCGAUCUCGACUCGCAUUCUUUGGUCAGUCGUUAUGGCGAACGGCAUGGCCAGUUAUGCUGAUUUAUGGGUGGCUCAUCUGGAACGGCUAA